CGGAGCCGGAGCCAUUUUCCCCCCUUCGGCCGCGGCGAGGAGGAGCUGGAGCGGGAGUGACACCGGAGAGACCCAGCGCGACCUGAGGCGGCUCUAGGUGACUCGGGCCAGUGCAGAGGGCCCCAGGCCGCAGGCAGGAGCAGCUGGGCCAAUUCCCUGGCCGGGGAACGGAAGGGGAUGGCGUCGGGCCUGGGCUCCCCGUCCCCCUGCUCAGCGGGCAGUGAGGAGGAGGAUAUGGAUGCACUUCUGAACAACAGCCUGCCCCCACCCCAUCCAGAAAAUGAAGAAGACCCAGAAGAGGAUUUAUCAGAAGCAGAGACUCCAAAGCUCAAGAAGAAGAAAAAGCCUAAGAAACCUCGAGACCCUAAAAUCCCUAAGAGCAAGCGCCAAAAAAAGGAGCGUUUACUCUUGUGCCGGCAGCUGGGGGACAGCUCUGGGGAGGGGCCAGAGUUUGUGGAGGAGGAGGAAGAGGUGGCUCUGCGCUCAGACAGUGAGGGCAGCGACUACACUCCUGGCAAGAAGAAGAAGAAGAAGCUGGGACCUAAGAAGGAGAAGAAGAGCAAAUCCAAGCGGAAGGAGGAGGAGGAAGAGGAGGACGAUGACGACGACUCCAAGGAACCGAAGUCAUCUGCCCAGCUUCUGGAAGACUGGGGCAUGGAAGACAUUGAUCAUGUGUUCUCAGAGGAAGAUUACCGCACCCUCACCAACUACAAGGCCUUCAGCCAGUUUGUUCGACCCCUGAUUGCUGCUAAAAACCCCAAGAUUGCUGUCUCCAAGAUGAUGAUGGUCUUGGGUGCGAAGUGGAGGGAAUUCAGUACCAACAACCCCUUCAAAGGCAGCUCUGGAGCGUCCGUGGCGGCUGCAGCGGCGGCAGCAGUGGCUGUGGUGGAGAGCAUGGUGACAGCUACUGAGGUUGCCCCUCCCCCUCCCCCUGUGGAGGUGCCGAUCCGCAAGGCCAAGACCAAGGAGGGCAAAGGUCCCAAUGCUCGGAGGAAGCCUAAAGGCAGCCCUCGGGUGCCUGAUGCCAAGAAACCCAAACCCAAGAAGGUGGCUCCUCUGAAGAUCAAGCUGGGGGGUUUCGGCUCCAAGCGGAAGAGAUCCUCGAGUGAGGACGAUGAUUUAGAUGUGGAGUCUGACUUCGAUGAUGCCAGUAUCAAUAGCUAUUCUGUUUCCGAUGGUUCCACCAGCCGCAGUAGUCGGAGCCGUAAGAAACUGCGGACCACUAAAAAGAAAAAGAAAGGCGAGGAGGAGGUGACUGCUGUGGAUGGUUAUGAGACAGACCACCAGGACUAUUGCGAGGUGUGCCAGCAAGGUGGGGAGAUCAUCCUGUGUGACACCUGUCCCCGAGCCUACCACAUGGUGUGCCUGGACCCAGACAUGGAGAAGGCCCCCGAGGGCAAGUGGAGCUGCCCACACUGUGAGAAGGAGGGUAUCCAGUGGGAAGCUAAAGAGGACAAUUCUGAGGGUGAGGAGAUUCUGGAAGAAGUUGGGGGGGACCCAGAAGAGGAAGACGAUCACCAUAUGGAAUUCUGUCGAGUCUGCAAGGAUGGAGGGGAGCUUCUGUGCUGUGACACCUGCCCUUCUUCCUACCAUAUCCACUGCCUGAACCCCCCGCUGCCAGAGAUCCCAAAUGGCGAAUGGCUCUGUCCCCGCUGUACUUGUCCAGCUCUGAAGGGCAAAGUACAGAAGAUCCUAAUUUGGAAGUGGGGCCAGCCACCGUCUCCCACCCCAGUGCCUCGGCCUCCAGAUGCUGAUCCUAAUACCCCGUCUCCCAAACCCCUGGAGGGGCGGCCGGAGAGACAGUUCUUUGUGAAAUGGCAAGGCAUGUCUUACUGGCACUGCUCCUGGGUGUCAGAGCUGCAGUUGGAGCUGCACUGUCAGGUAAUGUUCAGAAACUACCAGCGGAAGAAUGAUAUGGACGAGCCGCCCUCGGGGGACUUCGGUGGAGAUGAAGAGAAGAGCCGGAAGCGGAAGAACAAGGACCCGAAGUUUGCAGAGAUGGAAGAGCGCUUCUAUCGCUACGGGAUAAAGCCGGAGUGGAUGAUGAUCCACCGAAUCCUCAACCACAGUGUGGACAAGAAGGGGCACGUUCACUAUUUAAUCAAGUGGCGAGACCUACCCUACGACCAGGCGUCCUGGGAGAGUGAGGACGUGGACAUACAGGAUUAUGACCUGUUCAAGCAGAGCUACUGGAACCACAGGGAGCUAAUGAGGGGUGAGGAAGGACGGCCCGGCAAGAAGCUUAAGAAGGUGAAGCUACGGAAACUGGAAAGGCCUCCGGAGACCCCGACUGUUGAUCCCACAGUGAAGUAUGAGCGACAGCCAGAGUACCUGGAUGCCACAGGUGGAACCCUGCACCCCUACCAAAUGGAAGGCUUAAACUGGCUCCGCUUCUCCUGGGCUCAGGGCACCGAUACCAUCUUGGCAGACGAGAUGGGCCUUGGGAAAACUGUGCAGACAGCAGUCUUCCUCUACUCCCUCUACAAGGAGGGUCACUCCAAAGGCCCCUUCUUAGUGAGCGCUCCUCUGUCCACCAUCAUCAACUGGGAGCGAGAGUUUGAGAUGUGGGCUCCCGAUAUGUACGUGGUAACCUAUGUGGGUGACAAGGACAGCCGUGCCAUCAUCCGGGAGAAUGAGUUCUCCUUUGAAGACAAUGCCAUUCGUGGUGGCAAGAAGGCCUCCCGGAUGAAGAAAGAAGCAUCCGUGAAGUUCCAUGUUCUGCUGACAUCCUAUGAGCUGAUCACCAUUGACAUGGCUAUCUUGGGCUCUAUCGACUGGGCCUGCCUCAUUGUGGAUGAAGCCCACCGACUGAAGAACAACCAGUCUAAGUUCUUCCGAGUUUUGAACGGUUACUCACUCCAGCACAAGCUGUUGCUAACUGGAACUCCGUUGCAGAACAAUCUAGAGGAAUUGUUUCAUCUGCUCAACUUUCUCACCCCUGAGAGGUUCCACAAUUUAGAAGGCUUCUUGGAAGAGUUUGCUGACAUUGCCAAAGAGGACCAGAUUAAAAAGCUGCACGACAUGCUGGGGCCUCACAUGCUGCGGCGGCUCAAAGCUGAUGUCUUCAAGAAUAUGCCGUCCAAGACAGAGCUGAUUGUGCGCGUGGAGCUGAGCCCCAUGCAAAAGAAGUACUACAAGUAUAUUCUUACGCGGAAUUUCGAAGCACUUAAUGCUAGAGGUGGUGGCAACCAGGUGUCUCUGCUGAAUGUGGUGAUGGAUCUUAAGAAGUGCUGCAACCACCCUUACCUCUUCCCCGUGGCAGCAAUGGAAGCCCCAAAGAUGCCUAAUGGCAUGUACGACGGCAGUGCCCUAAUCAGAGCGUCUGGGAAACUGUUGCUGCUACAGAAGAUGCUUAAGAACCUUAAAGAGGGCGGGCAUCGUGUGCUCAUCUUCUCCCAGAUGACCAAGAUGUUGGACUUGCUAGAGGAUUUUUUAGAACAUGAAGGUUAUAAAUAUGAACGUAUUGAUGGUGGGAUCACUGGGAACAUGCGUCAGGAGGCCAUUGAUCGCUUCAAUGCGCCGGGUGCUCAGCAGUUCUGCUUCUUGCUUUCCACCCGAGCUGGGGGCCUUGGGAUCAAUCUGGCCACUGCUGACACAGUUAUUAUAUAUGACUCUGACUGGAACCCCCAUAAUGACAUCCAGGCCUUUAGCAGAGCCCACCGUAUUGGGCAAAAUAAGAAGGUGAUGAUCUACCGGUUUGUGACUCGUGCAUCUGUGGAGGAGCGCAUCACGCAGGUGGCAAAGAAGAAGAUGAUGUUGACACAUUUAGUGGUGCGGCCUGGCCUGGGCUCCAAGACGGGCUCGAUGUCCAAACAGGAGCUGGAUGAUAUCCUCAAGUUUGGCACUGAGGAACUAUUCAAGGAUGAGGCCACAGAUGGAGGAGGAGACAACAAGGAGGGAGAAGACAGCAGUGUUAUCCAUUAUGACGACAAGGCCAUUGAACGACUGCUGGAUCGAAACCAGGAUGAGACUGAAGACACGGAAUUGCAGGGCAUGAAUGAGUAUUUGAGCUCCUUCAAAGUGGCUCAGUAUGUGGUACGGGAAGAAGAGAUGGGGGAGGAAGAGGAGGUAGAACGGGAAAUCAUAAAACAGGAAGAAAGUGUGGAUCCUGACUACUGGGAGAAAUUGCUGCGGCACCAUUAUGAGCAGCAGCAAGAAGAUCUAGCCCGAAAUCUGGGCAAAGGAAAAAGAAUCCGUAAACAGGUCAACUACAAUGAUGGCUCGCAGGAGGACCGAGGUGUGUGUGGCCGGCCCCGCCCCCCACCCACGGGCCGUUCCACUAGAGCAGUGGGCCCCGCUCAUCUGCCUUCUCUCCCUCCAGAUUGGCAGGACGACCAGUCCGACAACCAGUCCGAUUACUCAGUGGCCUCAGAGGAAGGUGAUGAAGACUUUGAUGAACGAUCAGAAGCUCCCCGCAGGCCCAGUCGCAAGGGCCUGCGGAAUGAUAAAGAUAAGCCAUUACCUCCUCUGCUGGCCCGUGUUGGUGGGAAUAUUGAAGUACUUGGUUUUAAUGCUCGCCAGCGAAAAGCAUUUCUUAAUGCAAUUAUGCGAUAUGGCAUGCCACCUCAGGAUGCUUUUACCACACAGUGGCUUGUGAGAGAUCUUCGAGGCAAGUCAGAGAAAGAAUUUAAGGCUUAUGUGUCACUCUUCAUGCGACAUUUGUGUGAGCCUGGGGCAGAUGGGGCUGAGACUUUUGCUGAUGGCGUCCCCCGAGAAGGCCUGUCCCGUCAACAUGUUCUUACUAGGAUUGGUGUCAUGUCUCUGAUUCGAAAGAAGGUUCAGGAGUUUGAGCAUGUUAAUGGGCGCUGGAGCAUGCCCGAGCUGGCUGAAGUAGAGGAAAACAAAAAAAUGUCUCAGCCUGGUUCGCCCUCUCCAAAGACUCCUACACCUUCCACACCAGGGGACACACAGCCCAAUACUCCUGCGCCUGUGCCACCUGCUGAGGAUGGGAUAAAGAUAGAGGAAAAUAGCCUUAAAGAAGAAGAGAACACAGAAGGAGAGAAGGAAGUUAAAUCUACAGCUCCUGAGGUGGCUGUGGAGUGUGCACAGCCCCCUGCCCCAGCGCCUGCCCCUGCCCCAGCACCCACCCCUGCUCCUGAGGAUGACAAGGCUCCUGCUGAGCCUCCUGAGGGGGAGGGAAAAGUGGAAAAGGCAGAGGCAAAGGAGAGACCAGAGGAGCCUAUGGAGACGGAGCCCAAAGGGACUACUGAGGCAGAGAAAGUGGAGGAGAAGUCUGCGGUAGACCUGACCCCGAUCGUGGUGGAAGACAAAGAAGAGAAGAAGGAGGAAGAAGAGAAAAAGGAGGUGAUGCUUCAGAAUGGAGAAACUCCCAAGGAUCUUAGUGAUGAGAAGCAGAAGAAAAACAUCAAACAGCGUUUCAUGUUCAACAUUGCAGAUGGUGGUUUUACCGAGUUGCACUCUCUGUGGCAGAAUGAGGAGCGGGCAGCCACCGUCACCAAGAAGACUUACGAGAUUUGGCACCGCCGCCAUGACUACUGGCUGCUGGCUGGCAUUAUAAACCACGGCUAUGCCCGGUGGCAGGACAUCCAGAAUGACCCACGGUAUGCCAUCCUCAACGAGCCCUUCAAGGGCGAGGUGAACCGUGGCAACUUUCUAGAGAUCAAGAAUAAGUUCCUAGCUCGAAGAUUCAAGCUCUUAGAACAAGCGCUGGUGAUCGAGGAGCAGCUCCGCAGGGCGGCUUACCUGAACAUGUCAGAGGACCCCUCUCACCCGUCCAUGGCCCUCAACACCCGCUUCGCUGAGGUGGAGUGUUUGGCAGAAAGUCACCAGCACCUGUCCAAGGAGUCGAUGGCAGGAAACAAGCCAGCCAAUGCAGUCCUACACAAAGUCUUGAAACAGCUGGAGGAACUGUUGAGUGACAUGAAAGCUGAUGUGACGCGGCUCCCGGCCACCAUUGCCCGCAUCCCCCCGGUUGCUGUGAGGUUACAGAUGUCAGAGCGGAACAUUCUCAGCCGCCUGGCAAACAGGGCUCCAGAACCUCCCCCACAGCAGGUAGCGCAGCAGCAGUGAAGACCCAGUGACGAUCCACGUCCACACUGAGCAGUGACCUUCCUCACUCUCUUGUCCCGGCUGCCCCUGGGGGCCAGAGAGACCUUGCCUUCCUUCUGCCCAUCUUCUGAGUUGUAAAGGAACAGCCCCAUGCACUAGGGGCAGGGAGGGAGGGAGAGGCAAUGGUGCCCUUCCUGCUGGAGAGACAAGCGACCGGUAGUAGCAGCAGCAGCAGCAGCAGCAGCAGCAGCAGCAGCAGCGCCACGUGCAGGGAGCUGGCGGGCUGGCUGCCUUCUGGACCCUGGCUUCUCCCCACCGUGCGCCUGUUACAAACUGUUGUGGGUUCUGCCAGGCUUGAAGAAAAUGAUCUGAAUUUCUUCCUCUUUUUGGUUUUAUUGUGUUGGUUUACUUUGUGUUUUCUCCUUUUGGGGGUAUUCAGAGUGGGCCGGGCCCCUGGGCGAGACACAGCUACCUCUGUUGGCAUCUUUUUAAUACCAGGAACCCAGCGGCUCCAGCCACUGAGCAGCUAAAUAAAGUUGGAAAAAAAAAAAAAAAGAAAAAGAACCAAAAGCAUAAAAAACCACAGCAAAUUUCUUGAUGAGAACUGAAAAUAAAAGUUUCCUUGUAUUUUA